AUGCCCCUCUGGCCUCUGCAUCACAUUUUCGCACAGAUCACUCGUCUUUAUAUAAGAUCAACACAGAUUGGGAGACAUCCAGAUCCAGCAAGUAAUGACUAUGGCUCCGGCAUCAUCUGCAAAUGUUUAUUGCACCAAUGCCACAGACAAAGAAAUUAGCUAUGCCAAUAAUUCCUCACUUCAAAAAAAAGUACAAUUGAAGACAAGGCCAUUCCUAGAGGACACCAUCAAAGACAUGUUGAGCAAGAUGGUUCACGUUCCUUGUAUUAAGGUGGCUGAUUUGGGUUGUGCUUCGGGUCCAAACACGUUCUUCCCGACAUGUGAAGUUAUGGAUAUCAUCGCUAGUGUUUGCCGACAAGCACAUUGGGAAUCGCCUGAGCUUCAAGUGUUCCUUAAUGAUCUUCCCCAAAACGACUUCAAUACUGUGUUUAAAUCAAUUCCUGCAUUCAAUGGGAAGCCUUGUUUCAUUGCCGGAGUUGCAGGUUCCUUUUAUCAAAGGCUAUUUCCGAGCAAGAGCAUUCAUUUCGUGCAUUCUUCUUACAGUCUUCAUUGGCUCUCAAAGGUACCAAGAGGAGUUGAGGAUAACAAGGGAAAUUUAUACAUAGCAAAGUCGAGCCCUCCUAAUGUAUCCAAAGCUUAUUCAGGGCAAUUUCGAAAUGAUUUCUCGAGAUUUUUACACUUUCGUUCCGAAGAAAUGAUAACUGAGGGACGAAUGUUGCUUACAUUCAUUGGUAGGAGCAGUACUGAUCCCACAAGCAAAGACUGUUGUGCCAUAUGGGAUUUGUUCACCAAAUCACUCCUCGACUUGGUGGCUAAGGGAUUGGUGCGUGAAUCUGAUAUAGAUUCAUUCAAUGUACCUUACUAUUACCCUUGUGAAGAAGAAGUGAGAGAAAUUAUCGAAAAAGAAAGAUCUUUCGCUCUCGACAAAUUAGAGAGUUUCGAAAUGAAUUGGGACUUCGAAGAUGAUGUUUUCAACGAAAAUUUCGAAAAGAGUAGAAGCGGGCGAAAUGUUGCAAAUUGCAUACGAGCAAUUACAGAAUCUAUGAUUGCUAGUCAUUUUGGAGAGGCCAUAAUUGAUGAUCUGUUCUCAAGAUUUGCACAACAUGUGGGUGAGCAUUUGUCGUGUGAGAAGACAAAGUACUAUGUUACUAUAGUUGUUUCAAUGACUAUGAAAUAG